UCGAUCUCGCUCGUCACCCCUUAGAAGAGCGCGGCGGGCGCCGACCGCCCCCUGGGGCGCCGGGCGGCGGCCCUGGACGUGCGGGCUUCUUUCUGCGCCGGCCUCCGCGCCUCGGCCCUGCCCUCUCGCUCCCGCGCUCGCUCCCGCCCUCCCGGCGCUCCGGGCACUGUGCGCGGGCCCGGCCCGGGGCAGGGCGGACAUGGGCGCCAAGCAGAGCGGGCCGGCCGCUGCUAACGGCCGCACCCGCGCGUACUCGGGCUCAGAUUUACCUUCCAGCAGCAGCAGCAGCGGAGGGGCCAACGGGACCGCGGGCGGCGGGGCGCGAGCCGCAGCCGCUGGGAGGUUUCCGGCUCAGGUGCCCAGCGCGCACCAGCCCAGCGCCUCCGGCGGCGCCGCGGCGGCCUCGGCGGCCCCGCGCAGCCGCUCCCUCGGCGGGGCCGUGGGGACCGUGGCGUCGGGGGCCCGGGCGGCGCAGUCAACCUUCAGCAUCCCCAACAGCAGCAGCGGCCCGUACGGCUCGCAGGACUCGGUUCACAGCAGCCCGGAGGACGGCGGCAGCAGCGGCGGCAGGGACCGGCCGGCGAGCGGGGGUCCCGGAGGGCCGCGCCUGGUGAUCGGCUCCUUACCAGCUCACCUCUCGCCGCACAUGUUUGGAGGAUUUAAGUGCCCUGUAUGCUCAAAAUUUGUACCUUCAGAUGAAAUGGAUUUACAUCUUGUGAUGUGUUUAACAAAGCCAAGAAUAACCUAUAAUGAAAACAGGAUUCCUUGGAGAAAUGGCUGAUUCUAGGACUGGAGCAGCAAAAGAAAAACCUGGAGAUACUGUAUUAUUUGAAUGCAAGGAAGUGCUCCAAAAUCAGGAAAGAUGAAGGACACAGGAGGAGCAAACCUGAAUGAGCUCCCCGUAAACAAUUCGAGCAACAGAAUUAUUACAGCAAGGAGAUGGUGGUUUCGUCAUUAAGUCGUGUCUGCCUCUUGUGACCGCUUGGACUGUAGCCCUUCAGGCUCCUGUGUCCAUGGAUUUUUCCAGGCAAUAAUCCUGGAGUGGGUUGCCAUUUCCUUCUCCAGGGAAUCUUCCCCACCCAGGGAUCGAAGUUGGGUUUUCUGCAUUGCAGGUGGAUUCUUCAUUGACUGAUCCACCAGGGAGGCCCUGUAGCAUGGUAUUGGAUUAUAACUCAAUGUAAAGAAUAAUUAUAUCUGGUUCCACCAAUCAAUCAGUAAAUUAAUACAGAAAAGUAGAAGUUUAACCUGAAUAUUAAUUCUAAGAGACAGACCAUACAUUUCUUUAAAAAAAUUUUUUUUAAGAUUUUUAACAUUCUCAUUUGUGGUUAUUUAAAAUAAUAUUUUUCCAAAAGUUUUUAAUGGUCCAUAUGUGCUCUCUGAUUUUAAGUAUUCCCAAGACACACUAAAAUGUAUAAUGGCACAUAUAUAAUUUGAAAUACCUAAUCUUAGUUUAUUAUUAUCAUUAUAGUAGUGGAUGAAAGGGGUUUUUAGGUGGAUGAGAGCUACUAUUGUAAGCCCCAGCAACAAAAAACUUUGUAAUUUUCUCUUCCUUAGGGAAAACAUGAGUUAAUUUUGUUAGGUUUCAUAUUGUGACAUUUUCAUAGUGAAGGACUCCUAUUGUGAAGUCUUACUUUCUAGUUUCAGACAUUUUAUGUUUGUUAUAUACAGAAUACAGAUGAGUGACUAUAGAACAGCCUCUUAUUCAUUAUUAUUCAUUAUUCAUUAACAUAAGACUGAACUGGACUCGACAUGUUUUAUACCUUAUUAAAUCUUACUAAGGAAAAGUUCACUGUCUUCCUCAGUGCUGUAUUUUUUAAGAUUGUCAGUUUACCUAUUAAGGGACAUGCUUUGUCUCUACAUUUGAUUCACUGAGAACCUAUACUUCAGUGUUAAACUUGCUAAAUUUUUGCUUAGUAUUUUAUAGUUUUGCUACUGUUGUGGAUCAGAUUUGCUUACUAUUUGAAUAUCAAAUUGUUUUUGCUGGUUAUAAAGAGAAGCUAGGUUUUAGGCAAGUCUUUGGGUUUUCUAGAUUUAUGACAUAUCUGCAAAUGAAGAUACUAUUUUCAAGCAUUUAUGCACAUUUGUUGUUUCUUUGUAUUCCUGCAUUAGUUUGAAGCUUAAAAAUGAUGCUGAUAAUAAUGGUGCCAGGGGACAUGCCUGUCUUAUGUGUCUUUAGUGUUUCAUAGAUGCUGGCUAAGAGUUACGGUUAAUCAUCUUCAUUGUAUAUAUGUCAUUCUCAUUUCAUUCUCUUUUACUUAAGGCAAAAAACAGCCUAAUUUUAUUAAAUGCUUUGUUCCUUUAUUUGUUGAUAAAUUACAUUGGUAGAUUUUAUAAUGUUUCAAUUGAAUUGUGUUGAUUUCUAAUAUUAACUGGAUUUAACUGUUUGAUCAUAGAUUAUUCUUAUAAAGCAAUGUUACCAAGUUUGUGCUAACUAAAGAUUAUGCUAAUAAAAUGAGUGGGAAAGCUUUC